AUGAAAAUAAACCCUCGUUCUCACGGUUUACUGUUUUGAGUUUUUGUGCGGGUAUAUGUGUGUAACGCAGCGCAUCUCUGUAAUAAAAUGCACAUGCAGAUCUAAUUAUUUUUGGUCGUUUUACAUUGAAUUUUAUAUAAAUACCAAAGAAAAUGUUUCUGUAGCAUUCCGUGGUACUGGGUCGUUUCUAGAAUACACAGACUAGUUGCAUAUUAAUAAAAUCAUGGACCCCAAUGGAUUGCUGUGCAGUAACUUUUAUGGAUUUGAGACGUCGCCUAUCUCUUUAACGUUACCCAGUAAACGUAAGCGACACGAGAUGAGUAUUGUAAAUGGAAAAGAAGAAGAUUGCCCUAAGCUUUAUCCCUCCAAAGAGAGUUUGAGAAAACGUGGCUUUGUCCUGAUUGAUGGCCAAAGAGGUGUGUACUCUUCUGAGAGCUGGCAGCCCAAUGGCAGCACGUUGUACCUGCCUGUAAAUGGUACUUUGUUAGCCAACAUUGAAAAAUAUGAUCAGAUCAGCUUUGAGCAGGGAGGCUACUGCAUAGGCAAUGCAGCAGGUGGAUUUCAGCAGAAGGUCCAAGGGCAAGCGAUCCAUUGCUGGCGGUAUAGCGAACAAGAUAGAAAGCUUUUCAUCGCACUUUCUUACUUGUUCACAAACUUACAAGUUUUUCAGGAAGUUAUCAGCAGUCUUGAUUGUCUCUGAGGAUUCUGGAGGAAGACGCACAUGCACCUUUGACAUCCUUCAUUAUACACAAUAUUAUACAGUAUAACAUUUUCUUGUGUUAAUAAGCUUCCAUGUUGACUCAACAAUGAUAGAUAUCAUAUCAUCCAUGUUAUGUUUGAUUAACAAAGUGUAAUGACUUAAUGCUGAGCAAUAUUAGUAUUUUCCAAAAGUGUGGUCCUUUUGUUGGCUAAUCCACACUGCUGUAAUGCUGACAUCUACGCUAUAAAAAAAAAUGAAACAUAAGAUAAUUAAUUCUAAAUACUGACGAUGAGAUGCUUGUUAUGCGAUGCUUGUAACAUUCAUUGCCUGUUGCUGAUUUUGUUGUUUUAUAUUUCUACCUGUACUUUAUAUUUGUGCUUCAACAGUAUGUUUGUAUCAGUUUUGCUACAGAUGUGUUAAUAUUUUUUACAAUAAACGAAGGUGGAAUCCAUUUAUAUAUGUUUUUGGACACU